CGGAGCUGAAAAAAUAAAAGCUGGAAUUGUUAUUGUUAGCUUGUUAGCUAGCAGACGAACUACUGAAAUGGGGAUAUGACUGAGUAAUAACGGCUUAUUACAUAUGCACCACUAAGUUAUAACUAAGCCUAACGUGAUGGAGGACGGUAACAGGAAUGAUGCAGCUUCCACAUCCAAGAGCCAUGCAGGCUCUCUUCACCUGCAGACUCCAAAAAAUGAGGAUACGUUUGAAAUAGGCAUUCCCUUUGAAGAGAACAACUUUGAGCAGCAGGGAUUUUUCAGCCAGAGCGAUCAGAACUUUGAUGAACCGCCCUCAACUGGUGGCCCAUCUACAGUCAGCAACUCAUACAUGGCGAUCACCAACCUGCGGACCCAGCUCCAGAUCUCUCUGGAGAAAAACUCCUGGCUGCAGAAAAGAAUCCAGGACCUGGAAGAGGAGAGGGAUUUCCUCCGGUGCCAGCUGGACCGUUUCAUUUUUUCCACAAAGAGCCAGGGACUGGAACACGGUCAGAAUCAGUACAGUAAUGGAUAUGAAUCUAGACGAUUCAACUGGAGGGCAAGAAGAGAUGAAGACCGUCCUGCUGAACAGCAGAAGACAGAUCCACAGCAUUUUCCUCAGCGUCAGUUUAUCCAGCGGAGACCUGGUCCUCCCACUAUGGUGCCUUCCAAAAACCAUGUCUCCAGUCCAAUAUCCACUCAGCUCUCCACUAUUAAUGCGUUGUUCAACACAACACAAUCCCAGGCCCUUUUACAAAGCCAUAGUCAUAGCUCUCCAAGUACAACAGCCAGUGGCAGCAACAGCAAAAACAACAAUGCUGCAAGAUCAUCCUUGAAUGAACUGAGUGAACACAAUGGCCCAGAUUCCCUCUCACUGCUGGGAGAAUCUGAUGAGUUCUUGGAGCAGGAUGGCUUUAUCGAGGAGGAUGAAAUGAUCUCAGGGGAAGAUGUAAUGUCAGAGGCAAUUAACACCAACAGGCACCAGUUAAAGAGGAGGCGACUCCUUCGAGCUCCACGAGAGCGGCAGAGAGUGAAAGAUGCGGCAGGAGUGCUUUUUCGCUAUAAGAAGAUUCUUCUUACGUACCAGCGUCUCAAAAAUAUGUCCAAAGCCUUCCAAAUCCACGGUGUUGACCGCAACACCGUGGCCUCCACCACUCCCAUUGCUGAGCUGCUUCUCGUGGCCCCAGAGAAAGUGGCCGAGGUGGGAGAGUUUGACCCCUCCAAGGAAAAGUUGCUGGACUAUGCCCGACGCUGCUACGUUGCCCUGGAUGACGAGACGCUCAGCAGAGUGCAGGCAUUGAAGAAAAAUAACCUUCUGCUGCCCAUCUCGUACAGGUUCAGGCACUGAGGGGAAAAAGAAAGAUGGAGGGAGAAUUUCUCUUUGAAAAAGAGGGUAGAGGUGAACUUGGAAGACGCUAAUCCCCUCCUAAUGCACAUGUAAACGGCAACUGACACUUUUUAUUUAAUUGAAACUUUCCACAUGCUACCUUUUUUAACACAGUUUACAUGUAUUUUUAUUUACCAACAUAAAAAUGAUUAAUGUCAGCUUUUAUUUUUUUAUUUUAGAAACAGAGACAAGGUUCUCUGGCAGCACCUGUAUCAUUCUGAUUUUGGAAAUCUGAAUGCAUAUUUCUACAAUCAUAGAGGACUGUGCUUAUAGCAUCACUUCAAUACUUUUGUUCUGGCUGUGUUUUGCAUUUACAGUAUUUUCUAAUCCUAACAUUUGGAUCUGCUUGAGAAAAGGAGUUUGCACACCUUUUUGGAUUAUUGCAGCUUGCCUCAAUAUCCCAAUUUAAAUCAUUUAUUUGUAUGCAGAUUUGACACCAUUGUAUAAGUGUAUAAACCUCCAGUGUAUUUUUUAUGUGAAGUUGUAAUCAAUUUUUAGUAUAGAAAUGAUCCCCAUUUCAUAAUGCUUAUAUCAAUCAUCGCAUUUUUUCUUUACUGACAUUUCAUUUAUCUUCAAAUUUAUUUGCCUUAAUGCAUUUUUCUGAGCUCCUAAUGUAACAAAACAUUCAUUUCUUCAUAUUUAAAGAUGAGGAGAAGUUAUAAAAGAAACAAACAAAAACAACCGUUAAAUUGGGAAAUAUGUAGGUAUGACAGGUAAGGGUAGAAGUUUUGGUGCAAGGAGCAUCAUAUAUCAGGCAACAAUUCACUGGUUUUACCUUUAAAAUAAAUUAGGUCUCAGAAAUGUUGGUAAGUUUUAUUUAUUCUUAUCAUUGGGAAGACCAGUUGCACCUCUGCCAACUUUUAAUGCUGCGUUAUGUUGUCGUUUCCUUAAAGGACAGCAAAUGAUUUUUGUAUGCCACUUUCGCUAAGUUACCGUAAAUAUAAUCUCUUACGCUUCUGAUAUUAGGAAUCUUGUUAUGCAUUGUGAAAAUAGCACAUUUUUAUAAAUUGUGGCUCUGAGCAUUUACACUAUUUAACACGAAAAUGGCUUUUUGUAUUAUUGUGUAGGUUUCAGCUCCUUGUGUGGACACGGUUAAAAAUCAUCAACAAAAACUGCUCACAGAGGAACUGUGCCCCACAACACAUGCAUGUAUAAAGAACGUUUGUAAUCUGUUGUGUCUUUUCUCUGGUUUUCAAAGCCACUGAUUGUAAUGACCUAUAUAAAAUGUAGUUAUUAUGACAGUGAAGGCAAAUAUUUAGGAUUUUGUUCAACAGUAGAGUAAUACUUACUGUGUAUCUAAAAUGCUUUAGUCUCUGGUUAAACAGCUCAAGAGCAAUAAGGGAGCUGCAAAAUAAAUGGAAAUUCAACAGUUUGUUGUAUCGGCUUACAGCUUGAGUCAAAUGGCAGACACUAACGGAUACUGUUAAUAAAAGUGCAAUAAACUAUUUGACUUUUUACCACUUA